AUGGGUGAGAGUGCCUCAUCAACCGCACGAUCGAAAGAAUGGACACAGCUACGCCUCGAUACAACGCCCCUUGAUCUGCGAAAGUACCUCGACACACACCGUGACUUAGCCGUGCAAUCGAACCCCCAAUCGUCCAUAAGUGAAAUGGCGGCCACGCUGCGGGAUUGCUGGGAGCGGGAUUGCUACGAAGACCUGUUCAAAUCAGCUCCCUGGCUAGCCCACUUCACAUUGGCGACGGGAAAUCUUGCACCAGCUGGCCACGCUCUGGCCCUUUCACCAAACUUGUGCACUCGGUUCCUCCUUCGGCUGGACGUGACCCUGGCAAAUUUCUUGAUCACGUCCACCUUCAAGAGGUGCCUCAAGUGGAGGGGGGUAAAAAUCCCGACUGUUACCACCAGUACUUCGAAAGAUGCAGUCCUGGAUAUGUUGGAUGAUAUUCCCCUUCAUGACUCCUCACUCGGCACUCUAUGGUGGCAGGUACUCCAGAGCUAUUCUGAAUUCCGCAAAUCCUCGAUCUACCAGAUAUUCUCCACAAAGGUCGCAGAGUUUUGCCUCGAAGCUGGAUGUCCUGCCGUGACGCGCAGCCCUCCCGAAGACAUAUACUCACUCAGAAACCAUUUGUUUUCCAGCGACUCCGCAGCGCGAGAAGCCGAGUUGCGCAAGGAGAUCGAGGAGCUCCGGAACGCGAACCGCUCACAGCAGCGAAUCAUCACAAACCUCGCCUUUCGCCAUCUCCUGGAGAUGCUGCCCCCUCGUGAUGCGAAGCCUGGCACGAGUGCAACGGCGGCGUGGAAUGCUUUCUUCUCGAACGCGUUGAAAGAGGCUCAGGUGCAGCUUGGCAGAGGCGAGAUGGGCCACCCACUGUGUCCCGUCCUCAAAAAGUACCCCAAAUUGAAGCAGAUCGAGAACGUGGGCACGAAUCUCUACGGCACUCUGAGUACCAACAUCCACCACUUUUCCGGCCAGUACAAGGUCCUCGAUGAUCAAUGGAAUACGCUCGAGGUUGAUAUUUUGCGGGCCAUCACGCCUCUGGCUGAGAACGAGACCGAAGCGGGCAUCGAUUGGCAGAUGGAAAGGUUUCGCUAUAACAGGGGCACUUCACAUAAAUAG